UCGUAUAUAAGGCUGGUGUUGUGAGUACACAUCACAGUACGAUGACUAAGUUUGCAGUUGCUUGUGUGGCCUUAGGCCUUGUGGCCUGCGCGUUUGCGGCUCCAGGUUAUGGAGGAGGAAAUAGCGGAGGUGGUGGUUACGGAGGUGGGGGCGGCGGCGGCGGCGGCGGGGGCGGUUUCGGGAGCGGCGGUGGCGGCGGAUUCGGGGGCGGUAAAGGCGGUGGCGGCGGCGGCGGAUUAGGCGGCGGUAGCGGCGGAUAUGGGGGAAGUGGAGGACUCGGAGGUGGAAGCGGUGGUGGUCAUGGCGGCGGCGGCGGCCUAGGAGGUAGCAGCGGUGGCGGCCACGGCGGUAGUGGCGGACUCGGCGGCGGAAGCGGAGGGCACGGCGGUGGAGGCGGCGGUCAUGGGGGCAGCGGCGGAUAUGGGGGCUCCAGCUCUAACUCCCAGGCCAGCGCUAGCGCCAGCGCCAGCUCCGGUGGCGGCGGCGGAGGCGGCGGAUAUGGCGGACAAAAGGGCGGAUACGGACGCUAAUUGAAGACCGACUGGUACGAGUAUAUAAGCGAAAUGUGAUAAAUGAUAAUAGUUUCAAUCUAGAGUUUUGUACAUAACAUCUUAACAGAAUAUAUUUUUCGGUAAUUUA